CAUGCGAAAGAAACAUUUCACCGUUCGCGAUUUAGCUUUAAAUAUUGCGGCAUUGCAAUAAGAGUUUUGAAGGAUGGUUUGUAGCAAAAUGCAGAAAGCUUUAAGAGCCUACGGGGAAGUGCUGAGGCUAAUUAGGCGACUUCCGCAGGACACUAGAGGUUACUAUGCCAAAUAUGCCCGCGAAAACUUCGUCAACUACCGAGAUGUCGACCCAAAAGACACCCAAGCUAUCCACGAACUCCUCCAACGCACUUAUGCCCAUUCCCUCUGGGUCCUUAACAAGUAUUCAGUGGAUCAAUCCGUGGCUGAGAAGCUGAAAGGUGUCUGUGAGGCUUGAGUUUUUUCCCUUGCA